GGUGAAAAUGGUACGAGGGCGAAUCUAAUCAUCAGCAUUUACCGACCUCAGGCUCCGCGAGAGAAACGAGAGGUGUCCAUCGACUCUGAUGGCCCCACCGAUUGGUAUGCUGGCGACGUGGCUGACUUUGAGAGCUACAUAAAUGCUGCAUUCCGUUCGUCUCAUAAAAAUGAAGCCUAUCUAUUCAUGAAGAACGAGUAUGUGCUGGUGAACUAUGCUCCGGGCACGACAGACGACAGGGUGGUGAAUGGACCGCUUCUUAUCUGCGACGGGUAUCCAUCCCUCACAGACACAGCCUUUGGAGAACAUGGAAUAGACUGUGCCUUUGGGUCUCAUUAUGGGGAUGAAGCGUUCAUCUUCUCUGCGAAUCUCUGUGCGCACAUAAACUACGCACCGGGCACCACAGAUGACAAGAUAAUCAAAGGCCCGAUGACCAUCGCCGCGAUGUUCCCCUUCUUCAAAAGGACGGUGUUCGAAAGCGGCGUAGACGCCGCGUUUGAGUCAACGACAAGUUAUGAAGCUUACCUCUUCAAAGGCAACCAGUAUGCUCUCAUAAACUAUGGUUCUGAUUCCCACCUCAUCGCCAUCCGUCUCAUCACUCAAGGCUUUCCUAGUUUGAAAAACACCAUCUUUGAGAGUGGAAUCGAUGCAGCGUUUGCUUCGCACAGGUAUAAUGAGGCGUACCUAUUCAAAGGAGAUUCCUACGCCCUCAUCAACUUUGCUCCCGCCACCACAGAUGACUACAUCAUUGGUGGCGUGAAGAAAAUCCUUCCCAAUUGGCCCUCUUUACGUAGCAUCUUGCCUCGCAAAAAUCGUGGUCUUGAUGUUCAUCAUCACACUAAACCUGAUCCCGACCGUGACCACGAUGAACUUUAAAGAGUGAGCCUUACAUGCCCAAGUAUAUAUGCAUGGUACGCUUCGAAUAAGAGUUUGGCUCGGUUUGGUAUUUUCUCUAGUUUGUCUUUGGUUGGAAUAAUUAAGGGUGUAGUGGGGAUUGGGUUAUCUUAUAUUCUCCUCCUCGAUCCACCUUAUCCUCUAGUUAGCAGCUUACGCUAGAGGUGCUUCGGAUUAUUUUAUCUUUGGAGGAAUGUUGUGUUCACUGUUGCCUUAAUAAUAUUGCCCGUAUAUUAUCAUAAUAAAUAAUUGUGGUA